AUGAUGAUGAGUGGACCAAAACCUUCUAUCCUUGCAGCUUUGUUUUUGGCCCUUCUUUUCAUGUCCUUCAAACUAAGCAACUGUAUCAACUGCACUGAAAUUGAAAAACAGUCACUUUUAAGCAUCAAGCAAUCUAUAAAUGGUUCCUCAGACGUAUUGUCUUCUUGGGAUGCUAAAUUUGAUUGUUGCACGUGGAAAGGUGUUGUUUGCAGCAACUUAACUGGCCGAGUUCUGCAACUCCAUAUCCAAGGUAAUUAUUUAGGUGGCAAAAUAAGCUCAUCUUUGCUCAACUUGAAGCAUUUAAAAUAUCUUGACCUGAGCCAAAACAGGUUUGAGGAAGAAAUCCCAUUUUUCGUUGGAUCACUCACAAGCCUCGAGUACUUGAAUCUAUCAUACGCUGGAUUUUAUGGAAAGGUUCCCCAUAGUAUUGGAAAUCUUUCAAAUUUGCAGGUUUUAAGUUUGGAUGGAAAUGGCUAUUUAGCGGAAGUCAGUAGCCUUGAAUGGUUGUGGGGACUUCCUAAACUAGAGCACCUCAACAUGAAUGGUGUGAACCUCAGCAAAGCAACCAACUGGGCUCAACAGGUUAUCAACAACCUCCCUUCUUUAGUCGAGCUGCAUUUUAGUGGAUGUAAUCUAAAUUUUAUGGCUCCUUUUAGUGAUGUUAACAACAUCAGCCGUUCUAAUUUAGCCACUCUUGAUCUCUCUUGGAAUGACAAUUUUUAUACCAUUAUCCCUCCAUGGUUUUUUCAACUCAGCAACCUUAUCUAUCUUGAUAUGAGAUACAACACAUUCGACGGACCAAUUCCACUCGCGAGCAACACCACAAAACUCCAACACAUUGAUCUCUCCUUUAACAAAUUGAAUUCAAGCAUUCCACAGUGGCUCUACUCCUGCAAGCGCCUCCAGCACCUCGAUUUAAGUGAAAAUGAACUUUCUGGAGAAAUACCAAGAGAAAUUGCAAAUCUAUGCAAUAUUCAGACCUUGAAUUUAAUGGGUAAUAAUUUGGAAGGAGAGAUAUUGGAUUCAUUUGGAAACAAUAUGUCAGAUUGUUUCUUAGGAGCUUUGUUAUCUUUAGAUUUGUCAAUGAAUAAACUCUCCGGUCAUCUGCCUCAUCAAUUUGGAGAAUUUAGGAGUCUUCGAUCCCUUUAUCUUAGUGAAAACUCAUUGUCCGGUGUAAUUCCAAACGAAAUAGGGAACUUGCUUUCCCUUGAAAUGUUAUACUUGGAUAGUAACAAAUUUACAGGGAACUUACCAGAGAGUAUUGGGAAACUUGCGAACCUGACAGAGCUUUAUAUAGGAAAUAACAUGUUGGAAGGGAUUGUGACUGAAACCCAUUUUUCCAAUCUCUCAAAUUUAAAUUACUUGGAUGCCUCUGGAAACCACUUGACUUUGAAAGUCAACCCCAAUUGGAUUCCACCAUUCAAACUCAACGGGCUUUACCUAAGGUCUUGGGACUUGGGAUCAGGCUCUCGAAUUCCAUUAUGGCUCAAGACUCAGAAAGAGAGUAUCUCUAGUCUGGAUUUGUCCUGUACUGGAAUUUAUGGAAACAUUCCCAGCUGGCUAUGGAAAUUUCUCUGCAACACAUCAACCAAUAAUGGAGUGCAAAAUCUUAAUCUCGGGGAUAACAACCUGUCUGGUGAGUUACCUGAUUGUUUCGUGAAAUGGCAAUCAUUGAGAGCGUUGAACUUAGGCAACAAUCAAUUAUCCGGAAGAAUACCACAUUCCAUGGGCUUUCUAUCAAGUUUAGAGUCCUUGAAUCUAUACGGAAACAGUUUCUCUGGCCUCGUACCUUCUUCACUGCAAAAUUGCAUGAGGCUAGUGAAGAUCGACUUCUCUUAUAACAAUCUUGGUGGGGACAUACCCAAAUGGAUUAACACGAUAUUUUAUCAGUUGGCAAUUCUCAUUUUGCGCUCAAAUAAUUUCAGUGGAGAAAUUAGCACAUCCAUAUGCCAGCUAACGUCUCUUCAAAUCUUGAAUCUCUCUCAUAACAGACUUUCUGGGAGAAUACCUACCUGCCUCAACAACCUUACUGCAAUUACCACAAAAAGAAUUUUAACAGAUCUUUUUGAUGUCAAUGGUACAUUUCCAGAGAGUGCAUCAAUUGCAACAAAGGGAAGAGAACUCACCUACGGUACUACUCUUUCUUUGGUUACAAGUAUUGACCUUUCUAACAACACUUUGUCUGGUGAAAUCCCAAGAGAGGUAACAAGUCUGGUGGAACUAAGAACACUGAACCUCUCGAGAAAUAAUUUAACAGGAUCCAUCCCACAUAACAUUGGAAACAUGAAGCAACUCGAAUCCCUUGAUUUCUCAAUGAACUCAUUAUCGGGUGAGAUUCCAGGUAGCAUCACAACCAUGUCAUUUUUGAAUAGCCUGAAUUUGUCAUAUAACCAUUUGACUGGAAGAAUCCCAGAAAGCACCCAAAUUGGGGGCUUAAACGAAUCAAGCUUCAUCGGCAACAAUCUCUGUGGCCCUCCACUAAAGAUUUCUUGCAAAAAUGAUAGUAAUGCCCCUUCCCCAACACACAUGGAUAAUCAAGGCCGAAAAGGUAAUAAGCGAGAGAUUGAUUGGUUUUACAUAUUCCUAUCUUUAGGGUACGCCGUCGGGCUUUCGGCUGUCCUCACGACAUUGUAUUUUAAGAAGGAAUGGAGAGAAUGGUAUUAUGGGCUCUUUCAGAAGUUAUGGGACAAUGUUUAUGUGUAUUCCGUUAUCAAGUGGAGAAGGCUUACAAGAGUACCACUCUAUUCAAUCUCUUGCCAUGAAGCUGAAAAACAAUCACUUUUAAGCUUCAAGCAAUCUCUGCAGGGCCCCUUAAACUUGUUGUCUUCUUGGGAUUCCAAAGUUGAUUGUUGCACUUGGGAAGGUGUCGUGUGCAGCAACGUAACUGGCCAUGUUUUUCGACUUUAUCUUCAAGGUAACGGUCUAGGUGGAAAAUUAAACUCUUCUUUGCUCAACUUAAAACAUUUGAAAUAUCUUGACUUGAGCUUUAACAACUUUCAUGAAAAGAUCCCUUCUUUCAUUGGAUCACUCACUAGCCUCGAGUACUUGAAUUUAGAAUCCGCUGGAUUUUAUGGAAAGAUUCCCCACAAUAUUGGAAAUCUUUCAAAUUUGCACACUCUGAGUUUGAGGACAUUCGGAUUGUACAAUUCAUAUGCUGAUAGUCUUGAAUGGUUGUGGGGACUUUCUCAACUGGAGCACCUCAACAUGAAUGGUGUGGACCUCAGCAAAGAAACCAACUGGGCCCAAAAGGUAAUCGACAAAAUGCCUUCUUUAGUCGACCUGCAUUUUAGUGGAUGUAAUCUUAAUUUUAUGGCUCCUUUUAGUGAUGUUAACAACAUCAGCCGUUCUAAUUUAGCCACUCUUGAUCUCUCUUGGAACCCAUACUACAAUUCACUGUCUUAUGCCAUCAUCCCUCCAAGGAUUUUUGAACUCGGUAACCUUGUUUAUCUUGAUAUGAGCUCCAACUUAUUUGUCGGCACAAUUCCAACAAUGAGCAACACCACAAAACUCCAACACAUUGAUCUCUCCUAUAACAAUUUGAAUUCAAGCAUUCCAAACUGGCUCUACUCCUGCAAACACCUUGAGUUAGAGUUGGAUAAUAAUAAAUUGAGGGGGAAGUUACCAGAGAGUAUUGGGAAACUUGUGAACUUGACAGAGCUUUGGAUAGAGAAUAACACGUUGGAAGGAGUUGUGACUGAAACCCACUUUGCCAAUCUCUCAAAUUUAAAAGUAUUGCAAGCCUCUGGAAACCACUUGAGUUUGAAAGUCGGCCCAAAUUGGAUUCCACCAUUCAAACUAGAGACGCUUAGUCUAGGGUCUUGGGACUUGGGAUCUCGAAUCCCGUUAUGGCUUCAGACUCAGAAAGAUAGUAUCUCUAGUCUGGAUUUGUCGUGUUCUGGAGUCUAUGGAAACGUUCCCAGCUGGUUAAUGGGUUUAAGAUAUCUCAACCUUUCGCAUAAUCAACUCGACGGAAAGAUUUUAUUCAUUAGUGAUCCACGACAUGAUUAUGAUAUAUUACAAUUUUUCGACUUGAGUUCCAACAGGUUUAGUGGUCCAUUGCCUCAACUAAUGACAAGUUCAUUCUUGGAACUCCAUCUCUCCAAUAACUCUUUUUCCGGAGGUUUGUCAGAAUUUCUUUGUAUCAAUACAUCCAAUGUAGUGCUCGUAAAUUUUGAAGGAAACCAUCUUUCUGGAGAGUUACCCGAAUGUUUUAUCAAAUGGCAAUCAUUGGCAGUGUUGAACUUAGCCAACAACAAAUUCUCUGGAAGAAUACCAAAUUCCAUAGGUUUUCUUAAACGUUUAGCUUCUUUGAAUCUCCACGGCAACAAUUUCUCUGGCCACGUACCUUCUUCAUUGCAAAACUGCACGGGACUAAUGAAGAUCGACUUUGGUGAUAACAAUCUUGGCGGGGACAUAUCAAAAUGGAUUAACAAAAGAUUUUUCCAACUGGAAAUUCUCAUUUUGCGGUUAAACAAUUUCAGUGGUGAGAUUACUCCAUCCAUAUGCCAACUAAGUUCUCUUCAGAUCUUGGAUCUCUCUCAUAACAGACUUUCAGGGAGAAUUCCUUCAUGCCUCAAUAAUUUUACCGCAUUGACCACUAAAAGAACUUUACAACAGUUUUUUUAUGUCAAUGGUACAUUUACUGAAAGCGCAUCAAUUGCAACAAAGGGAAGAGAACUCACUUAUGACACCAUUCUCUCUUUGGUUACCAGUAUUGACCUUUCUAUGAACAAUUUAUCUGGAGACAUCCCAAGAGAGGUAACAAGUCUGGUGGAACUCAGAUCACUUAACCUGUCACGAAAUAAUUUAACAGGAUCCAUCCCAGACAACAUAGGAAACAUGAAGCAACUCGAAUCUCUUGAUUUCUCAAUCAACUCAUUGUCCGGCAACAUUCCAAGCUUCAACGAGUCGAGUUUCAUCGGCAACAAUCUUUGUGGCUCACCACUGAAAAUUUCAUGCAGAAAUGACAGUAAUGCCCCUAGCCCAGCGCACGCAGAGAAUGAAAGCGGUAUGCCAGAGAUUAAUUGGUUUUACGUAUUCCUAUCUUUAGGGUAUGCUGUUGGGGUUUCAGCUGUCCUCUGUGUAUUAUUUUUUAAGAAGAAAUGGAGGGAAGCUUAUUAUGCCUUCUUUCAGAAACUGUGGGACUGUGUUUAUGUGGAUUUCGUUAUCAAAUGGAGAAGGACUAUGAGA